AUGGAGGACUCCACGGUCGCCGCAGACCCGGGGCCCCGCCGAACUGCAGACCGGUUGCUGGCAGCCGCCAAGCGGGUGUUGAUGAUGAUCUUGCGCCAGUGGCUCCUGAUCGGAAUGGGGAUUGCCUGUGUCCUAGCCUAUUUCUUCCCCGAUGUUGCUAAGACAGAUGGCGGGGUGAUUCGAAGUGAAUACACCGUGCUGUACGGGGUGAUCGCCAUCAUCUUCCUCAUCUCUGGACUCAGUAUUCCACGGCAGAAGCUGUUCAAACAGUUUCUGAACUGGCGGCUGCAUGUUCUGGUCCAGGUGAUAUCUUUCCUGUUGAUCCCAGCAGUGGUCCUGGCAGUGGUGCACAUCAUUUUGGUAGCCGAUCCAGCGGGGUAUAUCGAUCGCGCCGUGUUGGCUGGUUAUAUCCUCACCGCGUGUAUCCCGACCACUAUUGCCUCAAAUGUGGUCAUGACGAGGGCCGCAGGUGGUGACGAUGCAGCCGCGCUGGUGGAAGUCUUGCUGGCCAAUGUUCUGGGACCCUUCAUCACGGCGGUCUGGACGGUGACUCUGCUGCCCAAGUCAGCUGAGUUUGACAUAUGGAGAUACGGCGGUGGGAGCUUGGGCAGCAUGUAUAAACAUGUGUUUCAACAGCUAGGCCUAAGCGUGCUGCUUCCUCUGUUCGUGGGACAGUUGGUACGAUGGACCUGGCCUGAACGCACAGCAUGGGUGAUGCAGAAGACGCGCCUGCCCAAACUGUCAAGUGUUUGCAUGCUCUUGCUGAUAUGGACCACCUUCUCUUCCUGCUUUGCGACGGGGGCUCUGCAGAGCCUCUCUGCGCAAAGCAUUAUCUUCGUUGUGCUGUUCAACAUCGCGCUGUAUAUUGCUCUUACAGUCAUUUCGUUCUUCAGCUCACGCCCUCCGAAGUUCCUUCUAAAUCAUCGUUGGUUUGAAUCGGUCUUGAAGUGUAUGCCUCCUGAGGAAACAAUCGCAGUUUGCUUCUGCUCCCCAGCGAAGAGUACUGCUCUAGGAUUGCCACUGUUAUAUGCGAUGUGGGCACCGGUUGACCUGUAUACCAAGGCUAAAACAUCAAUACCGGUGUUGUUAUACACCACCGAGCAGAUUUGUGUGGCGCAAUUCUUUGUCCAGUUGUUCCGUCGAUGGCAUGCUCAAUUAGCCGAGAAACAGGAUGUGGAGCAUGGGAAUCACCCAGAUGAGGUCGAAGUGGAUAUGACGGAAAGACCGGCAGAGUGCCAUGCUCGCGUGACUGAGAAUGAGCGCCGAUGA